AGACACGCGUGUGUGUCUGUGUGACUUUAGGUGAAGGGGGGCGAUUGAGAGGCAUUGCUCACGUUGAAUAGCAAGGCGACUGCGAUGCUUUCCCGAAAUAGGGACAGAAUAUAAUCUUUAAAAAUGAAUAGGCAUAGUGUAAAACACUAUAUUCAAUCUGGAUUUUAAAGUGUAAUGUAAAUAUACAAAUAUGGAGCUUCCGGCGGUGUGUGUAUCAAAAUGAUACCAAUUGAUCAUCAAAUGGAAUAUUUAUACAUGAUUUAUCGGAGAUCGUCGUAACGUUGGACAUCGCCUCGGUCGGUUAUUUUGCAAGAUUGGUGUUGUGUGGUAUCAACGACAGCCCAGUGCUGGAUCCCAGAGGGCUUGUCAGUGUGGUAAGGACCCCCAGGACCCCCGAGGGUGGAUGGAGCGCUUCAGGCCGAGGCUGACGAGGCUGGGGCAAGGGAUCAGGACCGGGUCGUCGUCCUCUUACCCAGCAUGCCUCUGGUUGGGCCUGCUCUCUGUGGCCGCCGCCUUCCUGUGCGCAGAGGGCGAUCGCACCACCCCCAGCCCCGCCACCACAGACUCACACAAUGCCACCUGCUCCGAAGGCACGUCCAGGUGCAAGCCAGGAAUUGUCUUGCCCAUCUGGUACCCUGAGGACCCUUCCAUGGGGGAUAAGAUGGCCCGAGUCAUCGUCUACUUCGUAGCUAUGAUCUACAUGUUCCUGGGAGUGUCCAUCAUAGCAGACCGCUUCAUGGCGGCCAUCGAGGUCAUCACCUCCCAGGAGAAGGAGAUUAUUAUUAAGAGAGCCAACGGAGAGACCACCACCGCUACCAUCAGAAUCUGGAACGAGACGGUCUCCAACCUGACCCUCAUGGCCCUGGGUUCUAGUACCCCUGAGAUCCUGCUGUCUGUCAUCGAAGUCUGCGGACACGACUUCGUAGCUGGCGAGCUGGGGCCGUCUACGAUCGUCGGCAGCGCUGCCUUCAACAUGUUCGUGAUCAUCGGCCUGUGUGUGUCUGUGAUCCCCGAGGGAGAGACGAGGAAGGUGAAACAUCUCAGAGUGUUCUUUGUGACGGCGGCGUGGAGUAUCUUCGCCUACAUCUGGCUCUACAUGAUCCUGGCGGUGUUCAGUCCCAAUGUGGUCCAGAUAUGGGAGGGGCUGCUAACCCUGGCCUUCUUCCCCAUCUGUGUUAUCCUGGCCUGGCUAGCCGACCGACGACUCCUCUUCUACAAGUUCAUGCACAAGAAGUACCGCGCCGACAACCACCGUGGCGUCAUCAUCGAGACCGAGCACGAGCGCUCCAAGGGCAUCGAGAUGAUGGACGGCGGCGGAAAAAUGGUCAACUCACACUACGCCCACGACGGAGGCGUCGCCCAUAACCUCAUCAGCCUGAUCGAGGGGAAAGAAGUGGACGAGUCUCGGCGGGAUAUGAUCCGGAUCCUGAAGGACCUGAAGCAGAAACACCCAGAGAAGGAGAUGGACCAGCUGGUAGAGAUGGCUAACUACUACGCCUUGUCUCACCAGCAGAAGAGCCGAGCCUUCUACCGCAUCCAGGCCACGCGCAUGAUGACAGGCGCCGGGAACAUCCUGAAGAAGCACGUGGCGGAGCAGACCAAGAGGAGCGCCAGCGUACAGGAAGUGUGCGUGGUAGGGGAGGAAGUCGAGGAGUACGUGUCACGGAUCGCCUUCGAACCCGCCGUGUACCAGUGCCUGGAGAACUGUGGCGCCGCCCUGCUGGCCAUCUCCAGGAAGGGUGGCGACAUGGCCAAGACCAUCUAUGUUGACUACAAAACAGAGGACGGCUCAGCCAACGCCGGCGCCGACUACGAGUUCACAGAGGGCACGGUGGUGUUCAAGCCCGGCGAGUUCAUCAAGGAGAUCAGCAUCGGCAUCAUCGAUGACGACAUCUUCGAGGAGGACGAGCACUUCUUUGUGCGUCUCAGCAACGUGCGCGUGUUGGAGUCUGACGAGGACGAGACACUACUGUCUCCAAACUCUCUCCCGUACCCCAAGGCCCUGCUGGGGUUCCCGUCCGUCGCCACAGUUACCAUCCUGGACGACGACCACGCCGGGAUAUUCACCUUCGAGACCGACACCUGUCACGUGAGUGAGAGCGUGGGCGUGAUGGAGGUGAAGGUGCUGAGGACUUCGGGGGCGAGGGGAACGGUCAUCGUGCCAUAUCGUACCAUGGAGGGGAUCGCCAAGGGAGGAGGGGAGGACUUUGAGGACACCUACGGAGAACUGGAGUUCAGGAACGAUGAGACCUGCAAGAUGGUUCAGGUGAAGGUGAUAGACGAUGAGGAGUAUGAGAAAAACAAGAACUUCUUCCUGGAGUUGGCCGAGCCGCGCAUGGUAGACAUGAGCCUGCAGAAAGGUGUGGUACUGACACCCUCUUCCUCCUCUUCUUCCUUUCACCUUUUCCAUUUUCCAGGGACUCCCCUCCCUUUCUCUCUCCUUUCCCUGCAUCCCAGUCACACCCUCAUCUAUGUGUUUCUCAGCCAUCCUCUCAGCCAUGUGUUUCUCAGCCAUGUGUUUCUCAACCAUGUGUUUCUCAACCAUGUGUUUCUCAGCCAUGUGUUUCUCAGCCUCUCAACCAUGUGUUUCUCAGCCAUGUGUUUCUCAGCCUCUCAGCCAUGUGCUUCUCAGCCUCUCAGCCAUGUGUUUCUCAACCUCUCAGUCAUCCAUGUGUUUCUCAGCCAUGUGUUUCUCAACCAUGUGUUUCUCAACCAUGUGUUUCUCAACCAUGUGUUUCUCAGCCAUGCGCUUCUCAGCCUCUCAGCCAUGUGCUUCUCAGCCUCUCAGCCAUGUGCUUCUCAGCCUCUCAGCCAUGUGUUUCUCAUCCAUGUGUUUCCCGUUGUCCACCUGUGUUUCCCACGGCAACAAUGA